AGGAGCCAUGUUGUCAGAAGUCCUGCUAGUGUCUGCUCCAGGGAAAGUCAUCCUUCAUGGAGAGCAUGCUGUGGUCCAUGGCAAGGUAGCACUGGCUGUGGCCUUGAACUUGAGAACAUUCCUCUGGCUUCAGCCCCACAGCAAUGGGAAAGUGGGCCUCAACUUACCCAUCAUUGGCAUCAAGCGGGCCUGGGAUGUGGCCAAGCUUCAGAUGCUGGACACCAGCUUUCUGAAGCAAGGUGACGUCACAGCACUCACCCCGGAGCAAGUGGAGAAGCUGAAGGAGGUGGCAGGCUUCCCCAAGGACUGUGCCGACCACGAGCACCUGGCUGUGCUGUCCUUCCUUUACUUGUACCUGUCCAUCUGCCAGAGUCAGAGAGCCCUGCCCAGCCUGGACAUUGCCGUGUGGUCAGAGCUGCCCACUGGGGCCAGCCUUGGCUCCAGUGCCACCUACUCUGUGUGUUUGGCCGCUGCCCUCCUGACUAUGUGCAAGGAGAUCCCAAACCCGCUGAAGGAUGGAGAGGCCGCCAGCAGGUGGACGGAGGAGAAAUUGGAACUAAUUAACAAGUGGGCCUUCCAGGGGGGUAGGGUGAUUCAUGGGAACCCCUCCGGAGUGGACAACGCUGUCAGCACCUGGGGAAGAGCACUCCAAUACCAGCAAGGGAAGAUUUCAUCCUUAAAGAGGCCGCCGGCUCUGAAGAUCCUGCUGAUCAACACCAGAGUCCCUCACAGCACCAAGGCCCUGGUGGCCGGUGUCAGGAGCAGGCUGCUGAAGUUCCCAGAGAUCAUGGUCCCCCUCCUGACCUCCAUAGACGCCAUUUCCCUGGAGUGCGAGUGGGUGCUGGGGGAGAUGGCAGUGGCCCCGGCCCCAGAGCACUACCUCAUGCUGGAAGAGCUCAUCGACAUGAACCAGAACCAUCUGAAUGCCCUCGGUGUGGGCCAUGCCUCGCUGAACCAGCUGUGCCAGGUGACCAUGGCCCACGGAUUGCACAGCAAGCUCACUGGCACAGGUGGCAGGGGCUGUGGCAUCACGCUUCUCAGGCCAGAUCUGGAGCAGCCAGAGGUGGAGGCCAUGAAGCAGGUGCUGACCAGCUGUGGGUUUGACUGCUGGGAAACCAGCAUCGGUGCCCCUGGUGUCUCCAUCCACAUGGCCGUCUCCCUGGACGCCCUUGUCUGGCAAGCCCUGGAUGGCCUCUGA